AGAAUUAAAAGAAAAAAGACAAUUACACUGGAUACAGAAUUGCGAAGGAUGUAACGAAACGUUAAGAUUUUUAGAUACUAGUCUUUGUCGUGAUUGUUAUAAUAUAGAAAAACUUAUUAACAACAAUAAAUUGGUUAAUUAUUUAAUCGAUGAGUUAACCAAGACUAGUGAAAUGGUUAACAAAUUAGAAGGCAAGGUUAGUGAACUUCAAGAGCGGGUUGAUCAGCUAGAAGAGAAAGACUCCCAACAAACAAAAAACACUGUUUAUAACGUUUUAUUAAUAGGACGUACUGGUAAUGGCAAGUCAACUUUGGCUAAUGUUCUAAGUGGAACAACCAAGUUUAAAGAGGGUAAAUAUGCAGUUAGUGAGACUCGGGACAUUCAAGAUGCUACAUUUGAGUACUUAUGCAAAAGAUAUCGUAUAAUUGACACCGUAGGAAUUGGUGAUACUAAGCUUUCUGAGAAAGAAGUAUUAGACAAAAUGGCUGAAGCAACUUAUUCUAUUAGAGAUGGUCUUUAUCAAGUUCUUUUUGUGACUAGCG